AGAUAAAGGUUUUACCUGUGUAAGCUGUACCUGGAAAUCCUCAUCAAUGUGUGUGGAUCCGCCCCAUCUGUUUACAUGGUUUGGAUAUUUCACUGUUUGGGUGGAACUGCAAGCCCACUCUCCAAGUCAAGGCCACCUGAUAAGUGGGUCCCUAAACGAACACUGGUAUAGCACUGGGCAGUAACCACCACCAAACCAAGCCCACAGGAGGAAAGAGCCGCCCCACUGCCCUCCCACCAUGCUAUGGGAGGGGGUGUGAUGGCAGCUGUAUAAGCAGCUAGGCAGAACAGAAGUUAGCAGUGUUGUAAAUACCUAGUUCCUCUAGGGGGAGACAGAGGCCCAGCAAAGAAGAUCUGACAAACCUGUGAUGCCAGAAUUUGCCGCAUCUGCAGUGACCGUCCCCGAAACCACACCGGACAGGUGAAGGGUGUAUGUAACACACAGCUGGAGCAUAUGAUCUUUUGAUCAUAAACAUAAUGAAAUAAGAAACACGAGAGGUACGUUACCCACUGUCCUUCAAUGCAGACCAAGCCGGCCAAUCUGUCUCCUAUACCCAAGGUGACCAACAAGGUCACAAAUAUAUGGAUCCACACAGAUGUAAAAAUAGAAAUGGCAGGGAAUCCUGCUGAGAGUGAUUGCCCCCAUCUGAAGAGGACGAGAAGACCCUGAGCUGCCAGAAUCGGAGUUGGCUGAUGGAUGUGGGCUCCACCUUGAUGUAAAAGAUGUUCUGCAGCAGCCAGUGAGCACAGUGUCCUCCCCCUGUCUCCUGGAUGAGCAGCUGACGGUGUCAUCUUGGAAAAGUCAGUCAGCCGUGCAGAUGGCAAUUGUCCCUUUUCUUCAGGAGAGGAGAGGAGGCUGCUGGAGGAAGCUCCUAGUCCUGAUCCUGCUCUGAUUCUGCUGCAAUCUUUCUAAUGGAGACCAGGAAAUCCAGCUAUCUCCUCUCCCACUGCAGCAUCCCAGCUCCAGGACACAGCAGCUGCUGAGACGCCGAGCCUACAGCGAGACCCCUACCCCUUUCUGCUCAACUUUCACCAUGGAGGCUUAAACUUUUAAGACUGCAACUCCCAAGACCCUGGCGCCUCUGUGUGAGAAGCUCCUUCCUUGUUAGGCCAGGUUCACAUGUUCAGAAGAUGUGUAGAAAGUCCAAUCUGGCAGGCGCUAGGACCGCUCAGAUGGGAAAUGGAUCUGAUGCAUCAGAAUUUCAUUCUUCAAUAUCAAAAACCAGCGAUAUCGUCCUGGGAGUUGUGUACUCUCUUUUCGGACUCUUCUCCAUCUCUGGGAACUCCAUGCUGCUGUUGGUGGCUUAUCGGAAACGCUCCAUACUUAAACCAGCUGAAUUCUUCAUCAUAAAUCUGGCGGUCAGUGACCUGGGAAUGACGGGGACGCUCUUCCCUCUGGCUAUCCCCUCUCUGUUUGCUCACAGGUGGCUCUUUGACUGGUUGACCUGUAAAUAUUAUGCGUUUUGUGGCGUCUUGUUCGGUCUCUGCAGUCUGACCAACCUGACCGUUUUGAGCUCCGUCUGCUGUAUGAAGGUCUGUUACCCGCUGUACGGUAAUAAAUAUUCUUUCUCCCACUCCCGUAUCUUGCUGCUCUGUGUCUGGGCUUACGCCUUCGUGUUUGCUACCGCACCCCUGGUGGAUUGGGGAAGUUACGGUCCUGAGCCGUAUGGAACUGCCUGCUGUAUAGACUGGAAGGCGGCCAACCAGGAGCACAGAACCAUCUCCUACAUCGUGUCCCUCUUUGUGUUCUGCUACAUCAUCCCCUCUACAUUAAUCCUUAUCUCCUACACACUCAUUCUGCUUACAGUGAAAGGGGCAAGAAAGGCUGUGCAGCAGCACCUGUCCCUGCAGAACAAAGGAAGCGUCAUCCACACUCUUUUAAUUAAGCUCAGUGUUGCGGUCUGCAUUGGUUUCUUCUUGGCUUGGACACCGUAUGCUGUGGUUGCAAUGUUGGCAGCCUUUGGUGAUGCUAACGAUGUGCCACCUAUAGUCUUUGCCUUGGCAGCUAUGUUUGCCAAGUCCUCUACUCUCUACAACCCUGUGGUGUAUUUGCUACUGAAGCCGAACUUCCUGAAUGUUAUAACCAAAGACUUGUCUGUGUUUCAGGCGGUCUGCGCGGUGGGGUGCUGCCGAUGCAGGAAGCAGGGCACAAGAGUGCAGUGCCUGCAGGAUAAUGCCGGGGUCCAAACCAAGCUCUCUAGCCACUUCAUGGAGAGGCCAUGCACGCGUUCGGACUGUAUGGAUGCUUUUGAGUGUAUAAGUACCUACCCACAAUGCUGUAAUUUGGAUUCUACGGACACCAACCAACCUGUGCACUUCACUCUAGUAAAGAAUCCUGCAGGAAACAUGGAGUCACCAACCUCUGUGCAUCUUGUGGUUUAUUCCUCCAGAGCAAAAUCCAAGACUGAGGCUAUUGAGGUCUCAGCUGGGGCCAUACAGCCAGACUGCAUUAAAGACUUCCUCUGAUUUGUUAUCGUCAUGUGUGGUGGGUUUUCAUGAUCCCUGUUGUAUUCUGCUGUUACAUUAUUAAAGAAAAAGUCAGGGGUUGGUUUGUGGCUGACGUGUCCCAGAGAGGCUCAAGUCCUCUUUAACAAUCCCUAGCAUAAUUCUGGAAUCCCCACAGUUAUAUACUGCUCAAAAAAAUAAAGGGGACACUUAAACAACACAAUGUAACUCCUUGUCAAUGACACUUCUGUGAAAUCACACUGUCCACUCAGGAAGCAACACUGAUUGACAACCAAGUUCUGCAGGUGGUGACCACAGACCACUUCUCAGUUUCUAUGCUUCCUGCCUGAUGUUUUGGUGACUUUUGAAUGCUGGCAGUGCUUUCUCUCUAGUGGUAGCAUGAGACGGAGUCUACAACCCACAAAAGUGGCUCAGGUAGCGCAGCUCAUCCAGGAUGGCUCAUCAAUGCAAGCUGUGGCAAGAAUGUUUGCUGUGUCUGUCAGUGUAGUGUCCAGCGCAUGGAGUCGCUACCAGGAGACGGGCCAGUACAUCAGGAGAUGUGUAGGAGGCCGUAGGAGGGCAACAAUCCAGCAGUAGGACUGCUACCUCCGCCUUCAUACAAGGAGGAGCACUGCCAGAGCCCUGCAAAAUGACCUCCAGCAAGCCACAGGUGUGCAUGUGUCCACCCAAAUGGUCAGAAACAGACUCCAUGAGGGUGGUAUGAGGGCCCGACAUCCACAGGUGAGGGUUGUGCUUACAGCCCAACACUGUGCAGGACAUGUGGCAUUUGCCAGAGAACACAAAGAUUGCCAAAUUCACCACUGGCGCCCUGUGCUCUUCACAGAUGAAAGCAGGUUCACACUGAGCACAUGUGACAGACAUGCCGUGGAGAAAGUUCUGCUGCUUGCAACAUCCUCCAGCAUGACCGGUUUGGUGGGGGGUCAGUAAUGGUGUGUGGCGGCAUUUCUUUGAGGGGCUGCACAGCCCUCCAUAUGCUUGCCAGUGGUAGCCUGACUGCCAUUAAGUACAGAGAUGAGAUCCUGAGACCUCUUGUGAGACCAUAUGCUGGUGCGGUUGGCCCUGGGUUCCUCCUAAUGCAAGACAAUGCUAGACCUCAUGUGGCUGGAGUGUGUCAGCAGUUCCUGCAAGAGGAAGGCAUUGAUGCUAUGGACUGGCCCACCCGUUCCCCAGACCUGAAUCCGAUUGAACACAUAUGGGACAUCAUGUCUCGCUCCAUCCACCAACGCCACGUUGCACCACAGACUGUCCAGGAGUUGGCGGAUGCUUUAGUCCAGGUCUGGGAGGACAUCCUUCAGGAGACCAUCCACCACCUCAUCAGGAGCAUAUCCAGGCAUUGUAGGGAGGUCAUACACACUACUGAGCCUCAUUUUGACUUGUUUUAAGGACAUUACAUGAAGUUGGAUCAGCCCGUAGUGUGGUUUUCCACUUUGAUUUUGAGUGUGACUCCAUAUUCAGACCUCUAUGGGUUGAUAAAUUUGAUUUCCAUUGAUAAUUUUUGUGUGAUUUUGUUGUCAGCACAUUCAACUAUGUAAAGACAAAAGUAUUUCAUAAGAUUAGUUUAUUCAUUCAGAUCUAGGAUGUGUUAUCUCAGUGUUCCCUUUAUUUUUUGAGCAGUAUAUUUAACUUAUGACUAGUCAGGGUGCCCUUUCUGUUUGAGGGAGUGCAAAAUUUUAAGGUCAUCAAUGAUCCUAACUCUUCUUACUCAUGUCAUGAAUGGGAGAUACAUAAUCAAUAUCACAUAAAGCACAGGCAUGCAAAGGAAUGUGAAACCUGAUGCAAAAGCUUAAAGGAGUACUAUGGGGAACUGAAGUUAUCAGACACUUAUCCCUUAUGUCUGAUUGUGGGGAGUCCAACUGCAUGGACCCCCCAGGAUCUCCUGUACAGGGCCUCGGCUACUUAUCGAUCCUGGAGGAGCACAAGUGACCGCCUGCUCAGUUAAUCAUCUGACGCAGUGAUGUCCCAGGAUUUACAAACAAAGAAUAAUACCUCCACAGAAGGAUGACAUAUUACCACGCAGUGACUAAAUAAUACUAUCAUACUGUUA